AUGACAGGAAAGAGCGAUGCGUACGUGUACGGAUCUUUCGUGUGUCUACGGAGUAUGGCCAGCUCGCUGCCCAGAUGCGUGGUCAACGGUGGGCUCGAGUCAUCUCAUCUCGCUCGUCCGAACUCCUUGCAGAUUCGGAGCGAUCAGGAGGGCCGCGACCAGAGUCGAGGACUGAUUCCCACGCAAGGAGUUUUCAAAGGGUGCUUCCGAGCGACACAAGCGCUUGCUGUGGUCAUCUGGGUCCGAGUGGGUCAAAAGGUAAAUGAAUCCCACACCUCAAUUCCCGCGCUCCAAGCCACCAGCAACAAACGUAGGAAGCGCAAAAAAAAAAAACACGCACAAGCACAUACACCAUACCUGGUCUACCCCCUUUCCCGUCCGUCCACACAAGUCAUCCACAAUGGUCUUUUCUUCGUGUUUACUCCCCUCGUUACCAAGAACCCCGAAAGAGAACAGAAACCAGCCCCCCUUGUUCAGCCAUGGAUCGUGUCCCUCUUAGCAGGGGUUUGGAGGAAAGGCGGCGUGUGCUCUCUUUCGCCCUCCCAGUCCAGCUCCUCUUCUCAUCUCCAGGCCUGGGAGAUGCGUUGCUCCACCCUUCAUGACCGGGCGAAGGUACCGUCGUCCCUGACCCAUCCCAUUACCUUACCGCAAGGCAGGGCCCCAAGGUAG